UGAGGCAAAUAUCAAUUGCCCCAAACUCUCUUAUCAGUUAUCUCCAUUUCUGCUUCGAUCGGCACUCAUGCUGACGCUGCUACAUGAGAAGAAACAAGGAAAAAGUUGAAGAAGCAGAAGAUAUCAGUUCCAGAGAUAGAAUAUAUAGAUAUCAAUGGAGGCUGGAAGGCGCUUGUUUUCUUCGCCAUCACCAUUUCCUCACAAGGCCAACAUUAGAAACUGUUCUUCUUCUUCUUCUUCAGUUUUGAUGCUUCAUGAACAAAUAGCUCCUGCACUUGCUUCUGCCCCCUCAACACGCAUCAAUUCUCGGCUUUCAUUGCGUUUUGCGAAGGAAGAGCACACAUCCUUGGAAACUCUGGAUAGAAUGCAAAGGGAAGCUGCUAGCUCAGUUUUUGAGGAGGAGGAUCACACUAAUUUUUCUGAGGAAUACAUUAAGGAUGCACAAGAGAGGCUGCUUCGAUUGCCCGGUAUAUGCUAUCUAUUUCCAUCCUUGCUUGCAAAGGGAGAAGUAUCUGCAUAUAUGACUACAAAGUCCUUACCCUUACCCAGUAAGGCAGUGGAUUUAAUUAAUGUUGAACCAUGCAGUGUGGUUGCCCUUGCACAAGAAGCUUUGUUGGCUUCAAGAGAAGCAAUGUCGCUAGCUGAAGACUCCAAGUUGUUAGGAUCUUUCUUUGAUGAAUCUCCCCAACCAAUCUUGACCAAUGAUCCUACGGAGGAAGAAAAGAUUAUCAGGUCAACACGUCUACUCGAGAGACGAUCUAAAAGGAGAGGAGUGAAGCCAAAAGUUAAAGCUCCGGAUAUUCAUCAUUUUAAGAAGCCAGAUGUUCAGAGAAAAGUGACUGGAACAUUUGAUCAAAAUGAUCCUCUUCGGCUAUUCUUAUGGGGUCCAGAAACAAAACAACUUUUAACCGCAAAACAAGAGUCUGAAUUGAUUCUGAAUAUACAGGAUCUAGUGAAAUUAGAAGAAGUAAAAGUUCGGUUUCAGAGGGAGUUUGCUCGUGAACCAACACUUGUCGAGUGGGCUAAAGCUGUGGGCCUCAGCCAGCUAGCGUUACAAUCAAAACUUCAUUUUGGCAACAGCAGUCGGGAGAAGCUUAUCAAUGCUAAUUUACGAAUGGUAGUUCAUAUUGCUAAGCAAUAUCAAGGGCGUGGCCUGAGCUUUCAGGAUAUGUUACAGGAGGGAAGUUUGGGACUUAUGAAGAGUGUUGAGAAAUUCAAGCCUCAAGUUGGUUGCCGGUUUGCUACUUAUGCAUACUGGUGGAUAAGACAAGCAAUCAAGAAGGCCAUAUUUCAACAUUCUAGGGCAGUCCGUUUACCUGUGAGCAUAUAUGCCCUCCUUUCUAAGGUGAUAGAAGCUAGAAAAUCAUGCAUUGAAGAGGGUAACCACCAGCCAAGCAAAGAGGAAGUCGCUAGACAUGCUGGAAUUACUGUUGAGAAGAUGGAGAGAUUACUAUUUACCGCAAGAAUGCCUGUUUCACUUCAACAGCCUGUAUGGGCAGAUGAUCGUACUACAUAUCAGGAAAUUACAGCUGACAAUUCAAUCGAAGCCACUGAAUCGAGUGUAUCAAAGCGAGUUAUGAGGCAACAUGUGCGUGGCCUCCUGAAAGUUCUGAGUCCCAAGGAGAGGAAAGUAAUCCGACUAAGAUAUGGCAUGGAAGAUGGACAGACGCGGUCUCUGUCAGAGAUUUGUGAUGAUUUUGGGCUCACAAAAGAGAGAAUUCGACAAAUACAGAGCCGAGCAUUAUACAAGCUGAAGCAGAAUCUCAGCGACCAUGGCCUGGAUGCUUACAGGGAGAUGCUCAUUUAGAGGUGAUGUAUUCUUGAAUCUACAAUCCCAGUCUCUUUCAAACAACAAAUUAAAACCCGCAAUUUAUGGCUGACAGAGACAAAUGCAAGAAUAUAUUGGAUAUUAAUGUAAAUAUAUACCAAGUGUCGUGUCUCUUUCUCCUCCAAUUCUUUUGUUGGUAAGGUUAACAAGGAAUGGUGGUUGCCAUGAUCCACCCUGCCCUCUUGAAUUGUCUCCUAUCUUCUUCUUCUUCUGUGAAUUUUCUAGCAUCAUUCCAUAUAUUAUGUAACAUCCUAUCCUUUCUGCACUUUCUCUUUUGUAUUUACCAGCUUAGCUUACAAAUUAAAGCUGAAUUCAAGUUUACAAUAUCCAAAUUAUGUAGUACUUCAACUUCUAUAAAGAGUCAAUACUUUCAUUA